CCCACCUAAUGUGCACCUACCGGUCUCUCUGGUCCCCCUGGCGGCGGUGGUGAGGAGCGUCCAGUGAUGCUGUGCUGGACUUUCCCCGAAGCAUCCCUUGGCAGAUAGACGUGCGGUGUUCCUCCAUCAUGACCAGGCUAUGGGCGCUCCUCUUCUCGCUUCCGAGCGUCUUCGUUCUCCUGCUCCACCGCAGAACUCUCACCGUCCGAGCGGAUUAUCCAGAGAUGGAGGAGCAAUGUCUGAAGAGAGAGCACCCCAUACUUACCUUCCAGGACCUCAGGCCUUGGUUGUCCAACUUCUCUUAUGGCGACGUGCAGGACUUCUCGCAGCUCGCCCUCGAUGUCAACAGGAACCAGCUGAUCGUGGGCGCUAGGAACUACCUCUUCAGGCUCAGUCUGUACAAUGUCUCCCUCCUCCAGAUGGCAGAGUGGAGUUCUGAUGAAGACACCCGCCGAUCGUGUCAGAGUAAGGGGAAGACAGAGGAGGAAUGCCAGAAUUACAUCAGAGUCCUGAUUGUGACUGGGAAGAGGGUCUUCACCUGCGGGACGAACGCCUUCUCACCUGUGUGCACCAGCCGCCAGGUUGGGAACAUCAGCAGAGUCUUGGAGAAGAUAAAUGGAGUGGCCCGAUGUCCGUACGAUCCCCGUCACAACUCCACCGCCGUCAUCACGGCACGCGGCGAGCUGUACGCGGCCACCGUCAUAGACUUCUCUGGUCGGGACCCCGCCAUCUACCGCAGCCUGGGCAGUAUCCCCCCGCUCCGCACCGCACAGUACAACUCCAAGUGGCUGAAUGAACCCAACUUUGUGGCCGCCUAUGACAUUGGUCUGUUCACGUAUUUCUUCUUCCGGGAAAACGCGGUGGAGCACGACUGUGGGAAGACGGUGUACUCGCGGGUGGCCAGGGUCUGCAAGAACGAUUUUGGGGGUCGCUUUUUGCUGGAGGACACGUGGACGACCUUCAUGAAGGCGAGGCUGAACUGCUCGCGCUCCGGGGAGGUCCCCUUCUACUACAACGAGCUGCAGAGCACCUUCCUCCUCCCGGAGCAGGAUCUCAUCUACGGCGUCUUCACCACCAACGUGAAUAGCAUCGCUGCCUCCGCGGUCUGUGCCUUCAACCUCAGCGCCAUCACUCAGGCCUUUAAUGGCCCCUUCAGAUACCAGGAGAAUCCGCGCUCUGCCUGGCUGCCAACGCUCAACCCCAUACCCAGCUUUCAGUGCGGUAUUCUGAACGAUGACAGUCCGAAUGAGAACCUGACGGAGCGGAGCCUGCAGGACGCUCAGCGCCUCUUCCUGAUGAAUGACGUGGUGCAGCCGGUGUCCGUGGAUCCGCUGGUGACGCAGGACAGCGUGCGCUUCUCCAAGUUGGUGGUGGAUAUUGUGCAGGGGAAGGACACCUUGUAUCACGUCAUGUAUAUAGGGACCGAGCGCGGCACGAUCCUCAAGGCUCUGUCCACGGCCAAUCGCAGCCUGCGGAGCUGCUACCUGGAGGAGAUGCACAUCCUCCCGAGCGGCCAGCAGCAGCCCAUCCUCAGCCUGCAGAUCCUGCACAGCAACCGCUCUCUAUUUGUGGGACUGAACAACGGCGUCCUGAAGGUUCCUCUGGAGCGCUGCACCAUGUACAGGACCGAGGGGACGUGCCUUGGCGCCAGAGACCCGUACUGCGGCUGGGACAGUAAGAAGAAGCGUUGCACCACCCUGGAGGACAGCUCCAACAUGAGCCUGUGGUUCCAGAACAUCACGGACUGCCCGGUUCGCAACUUGACAGUUAAUGGAGGAUUGGGGGCAUGGUCAGCCUGGCAGCCGUGCCAGCACUCGGAUGGAGACUCCUCGUGUCUAUGCCGCUCCAGGAUCUGUAAUAAUCCUGCCCCUCGCUGCGGAGGUCGUGACUGUGACGGAUCCCGCAUAGAGAUAGCCAACUGCUCAAGGAAUGGCGGCUGGACUCCAUGGUCGUCCUGGGCGCAGUGCAGCACGUCCUGUGGGAUCGGCUUCCAGGUGCGGCAGAGGACCUGCAGUAACCCCGCUCCACGGUUUGGAGGCAGAGUGUGCGUAGGGCAAAGCAGAGAGGAACGGUUCUGCAAUGAGAACAGCCCCUGUCCGGUCCCCAUAUUCUGGUCUUUAUGGGGUUCAUGGAGCAAAUGCAGUGCAGACUGCGGAGGGGGCGUCCACUCCAGACAGCGCACCUGUGAGAACGGGAACACCUGCCCCGGCUGCGCUCAGGAAUUCAGGAUCUGUAACUCGGAGGCUUGUCCUGAGGUGCGCAGAAACACUCCUUGGACGCCAUGGAUGACGGUUAAUAUCACGCAGGGCGGAGCUCGUCAGGAACAGAGAUUCCGCUACACCUGUCGCGCUCAACUCUCCGACCCCCACGAGCUUCAGUUUGGGAGGAAAAAAACGGAGACGCGAUUCUGUCCCAAUGAUGGUUCUGCGGCCUGCGAGACCGACUCUCUGGUGGACGACAUGAUGCGGAGCGGGAAGUCCCCGGCGCGUAUUGUCAGCGGUGGAUGGAGUCCGUGGGGCCCGUGGUCGGCCUGUUCUCGGGACUGUGAAUUAGGAUUCCGCUCUAGAAGAAGAACUUGCAGUAAUCCGGAACCUCGGAACGGUGGUCAACCCUGCAUGGGGUCUGCCACAGAGUUCCAGGAUUGUAACCCACAGCUUUGCCCAGUGAAGGGUUCGUGGUCAUGUUGGUCAUCAUGGACGCAGUGUUCUGCCACAUGUGGCGGUGAUUACCAGCGCACACGUACCUGCACCAACCCUGCCCCAUCUAAUGGUGGUGACAUCUGCAUUGGUCUGCACACAGAGGAGCGCUGUGUAAUACUUACCGUCUGUAAAGGUGGUUGGGCAGAGUGGUCCGAAUGGAGCAUGUGUCAUGAAGAUGGAACACAAUAUAGAAACCGCUACUGUGACAUACACGACCCUGGACCCACACAGUGUGUUGGAAACAGCACUCAAUACAGAGACUGUAUAUACAAUGAGAUUCCAGUCAUUCUGCCAGCCUCAAGCAUUGAUGAAAGUAAAGAGUGUGGAGGUUUCAGCCUUAUUCAUCUGAUAGCCACUGGUGUGUCUUGUUUCUUUGGCUCCAGCCUCUUGACAUUUGUAAUCUACGUUUAUUGCCAACGGUGCCAGAGACAGUCCCAGGAGUCCACCGUGAUUCACCCUGCAACCCCCAACCAUCUCCACUACAAGGGAAACUCUACUCCGAAAAAUGAGAAAUAUACUCCCAUGGAGUUCAAGACACUCAAUAAGAACAAUUUGCUUCCCGACGACCGAACCAACUUUUACCCUUUGCAGCAAACGAACGUGUACACAACCACAUACUACCCGAGCAGUCUCAGCAAAUACGACUUCAGACCAGAUUCUUCUCCAGGCAGAACUUUCACCAACAGCUGAGAUCCGGCCCGGAAUGGGAUUCACGUCGUCACACUGAGGUUCCAUCUCCUUCCCCCUCUCAUGCUCCUUAGACAUGGCUCAGCUCAUUCUCUGUCACAUCUUGAGUUGGGCUAAUGGACCUACUGACCCUUCUCUGUGACGUCACACUGGAGUUAGCCCCUAGGACACAGCUAGAGCGGUAUCUUCAUGGUCGGGAGAGGAGGAUAGUCCAAGGCUUCUGUUUACUUGAAGAUGAACACGCUGCUUCUGUAGAGAUCCUGGAACAUAUAA